AUGGCAGUGGGGGCUGCCGUGCACACUCCGAUCAGCAGCGACUGCUUCUGGGGGCGACAACAGAUGGCCAUGGAGAGCGGUGGCCGGGGUGGCAGCGGCGGGUCACCAAGGACUAGCACUACACGGUAUGGGAGCGCGCCUGAGGCGCCGACAGAGCCCCGGUGCCAGCAGCAGCACCCAGCUGACCCGGACGAGGCAGAUGCUCCCACCCCGCCCUGCCUGCGACCCCAUGCCCGGCAGGCCCCGCCCCGCGACCCCCUGCCGCCCGGCCCCGCCCCGCAACCCCCUGCCCGCCAGCUGCACCUCCCUCUGCGGUUCCCGCGGACCGGGCUGCGACGACACCGGGAGACCGUCGGCUGCGGCGGCGCCAGGUGUGUCCGCACGGUGGCGGGAGGCUUGUCCCUGGGCGCGGUGGACGAGCUGCCUGGACGGGGCGGGGUCGCCCGGGGCGGCCGACGCGAGGGCUGGCGCGGGGUCCGAGGGUGCGGGCGCCUCCUGCGGGGACCCCGCUCCCCACCCAGCGCGUCCCCACCCAGGUCCCCGCUGCCCUCGGCCUUGCUGGCGCCGGGGUCCGCGGACCGUCCGCCGGCGUGGGGGCCCCACCCUCAGACCCCGGGGUUCAGGGCGCACGGCGUCGGGGGUGGGGGCCGGGCUCUGCCCAGAGCAGCCUCGCGGGCGGCGGUGGGCGGGGGUCUGGGCCGGCGCGCCGGGGGCGCCGCGCUCCUGGAGGACGCUGCGCAGCCUGUUAUCGAGGAGCCUCCACCUGCUCCCAGAACCAGCAGCACCCUGGGUCCCGCUCGGGAUGCGAAUGCCGCCAGAGGGGGUGGGGUGAGGCGCGGCCUCAGGUUGGGAGACCGCGCCGGCGCUGAGUCCCCUCUAGUGGGGGAGGCCGCAAGGUGCAACUUGGACAGCCUCCGGGCCCCUGCCACCUACUUGCUCCCAUCACCCCCGCCAGGUCAGCCAGGGGCGCGUGCCUCCGGCCCCUCUUCCCUCUGCACUGCUCGUCGUUAAAUUCCCUGAGGGGGAAGAAAAAAAGCAAACAAAUGUUCGCAGGAGGAGAAAGGUUGAGUCUAAUUAGUCUUUAUGCUUACUGAGAAAUUACUUGUCUCAUGUUUUCAGGCAAACCUUGCUGGAGGGAGAGAAGACCCCUAGGGUCUGGGCAGGUGGGAUUCAGGGAGCGCAGCGGGGGCAGCUUUGGGGGAGGCCUCCUCUCCGACCAGCAAGGGGAGAGAGGGGAUUUAACCCGUCUGGCUCAGACCCCCCCGAGGGGAGACAGACUGCCUCUCCUCAUGCCCCUGGACCUCGGUAGCUGGGCUCUCUCAAGCCCGGACCCUGACUGCUGGUCGGUGUCGCCCGGGGUCAGGCCAUGCCCUCAGGCAGCAGCGUGGCCCGGCAGCCCCGCUGCUGCUCCCCUGCGGCCCUGCAGGGGAGGCUGCCUGGCCUGGCCUGGCUUCCCAGCUCUUCUGUGCAGUGUCUGAAGGUGGACUUCAUCGCCUGCCUCCUGGGGAUGUCCCUGCCCUCCGCAUUUCCUUCUUGGUGUUCCAAGGGCCAUGUGUGUAUGUGUGCACGUGCGUGCGUGUGUCCCCUCAGCCCUACCCGAUUCUGCUUAGAGGCCAGGACGCUUGGAGAAGUGCCCAGAGUCUCAGACCCUGGCCUCCCUUUCCGGUUCUCCGGAGGAGCCCAAAUAGGGCGUGUCGCCCACCAGUCCUUGACCCCAAUCCUGCUGACACCACUUCUUUCAGCCACGACCAUCAGUGUCCUUUGGGACUGGCCAGAGCUGGGGCUGACUCAGUGUUUCCUUCUGGUGGCCUGGUUUCUUGUGGACUUCACCUCCUGCCCUGUCUUUACAGGUGUCACAUUCCCUGCUGCUCACACUGUUGGCUUCAGGCAGAUCAAGGUGGGCUCGCUAGUUGGCAGCAGGGCACCUGCUGGGUAGCAGGACCAAGGCUGGGUCCUGAGAUGUGGGGGCCAGCUGACAUCCUGCUGUUGCAGAGCUCAAAGCACGCGGUGCUCGCAUGGGUCUCCGUUAAUAAGAUGACCCCUCGGGGGAGAUGUUGGGUGAGGGUCAGAUUCUACAACAGGUACUGUGGGGACAGGUAAUGACAGCCCCUGCUCUUGGUGGAGGCUUCCUGCCAGUGUGCUUGGUUAGGCCUGCAGAGUGGCUCUGUUCCAUCUCCUCGAGUGCACGCUCAGCCGUCAGCCUUCACGGGUCAUGAGCACCCUGCCACAAUCUCCACAAGCUAAUGCUCGCUGAGCUAGGUGAUUUCAUUUUUAUGGUUUUUUUCCCAGUUUCUGUUGAAUAUGUUUCAGCUCUGCUUCUUUAUGUCUCUAUUUAAACCUCUGUUGGAAGCACUAGAAUCAGUGAUCAUUGGUUAUCUGAGGAUGUCAUUUAUCUCCUUUCCCUGGUUUGCAGUUCCUGAGUGGCAGGAGCUGCCUUGCUCCUGACAGUGGCCGCCCAGCGCUGUGCUUGGUAUGAAGUAGGUCAGUGCUCAGAUGCGUGUGCAGAGUGGACUCGAGCUGCAAUGUACUAAUGAAGCCCUGGGGCCCCUGCCUUGUGACCUGGGGCCUCCACCAGGGCCUCUCCAAGGCCUGGUUCCCACGGCCAGGCUCUGCUCCAUGCUGGCCUGUGACUGUCUUCCCUGAUGGAGGGGCGUGAGAAGAUCGAGGACGGGGAGACGUGUGUGAGAAUGAGUUGCAGGCUGCUCUGUCAUUUCACCUCAGCCUGAAGAAGUUCGUCUCACACAGUGUUUUAUAGCAAGUUGUCUGCUGAUGAAUUCUCCUAGGUUUCGCUCAUCUCCAUCAGGAAUGUUUUUCUGCCAGUUUGUAAGGAUUAAUUUAUCUGAAACUGGAGAAUAUAACCUGUGUGUCCACAUACUGAUGACAUAGAGACUGCAGGAUAGUACAUGGUGCUCAGAGCACGUGGAGGAGUGAGCUCCCUGGCUAGCCUCUCUGCAUGCGGAGUAACGGCGACAUCCCCCAUCCUGGACACACGAGGAUGUUUGAUCCCAACUGGGCGAUGGCGUUCACAUCAACCCACGCUUAUUACUACAGCUGUUAAUAGUAUUCUUUCUUAUACUUUAGAAAAUAGCUGCCCUUUGACAGUCACUGUAGAUCAGCUUUUCAAGUUGACUGACAUCUUUGUUCUCUUUUAUAAAUUUGUUCUGUGGGAUUAAUUUGUGCAAUCAGAUUUGAGUCCUA